AUGAAAUUCGAUGAUUUCUAUGAGACGGUUGGCGUGUUUGGUCCGUAUCAAAAGACCAAAUACUUUUUACUAUGCUUGACCAAUUUGUUGCCACCAAUUAUGGUCUAUGCUUGGACAUUCAUAGCUGCUAGUCCGCAAUUCAAUUGUAGACCACCAUUUGAUAUGUCUUCGAAUAAUGUUACAAAUGAACUAGGUUAUUCAUCUAUACCAACAGCAGCUCAAUGUCGCGAAAGUCACAAAAGAAUAUCAUUGAAAGAAUGUCAACGAUGUUUUUACGUGGCUAAUACUACUAAUAGUUAUGGUAGCAUCAAUGAGUUGACUGCUUGCCAAAAUUUUACUUUUAAUCGAACUUAUUAUGAAUCAACGCUUGUAGAACAUUGGUCUAUGGUAUGUGAUCAAGUAUCAUUAAAGAGUAAUGUUCAAAGUGUCUUCUUUUUCGGUUAUAUGGUGGGUUCACUUCUCUUUGGUAUCCUUUCUGACAGAUUUGGAAGACGACCUAUCAUGGGUGUUUCAUUUGUAUUGAUGUUUAUUGCUGGCAUCAUAUGUGCAUUGGCACCGGAAGAAUUAAUUGGUCGUGGAACAAGUUACCAUUUUUUUGCAUUAGGUCGAUUUUUACUAGCUUGUGCAACACGUGGAAUUAGUAUUACUGCUUUUGUCAUCGGUUCAGAAAUAGUUGGUUCAAAACAGCGUUUAUUCGCUGGUAUUGUGAUUAAAUAUUUCUUUGCAUUGGGUGAAUUAUUACUCUUAAGUUUUGCUGUAACCAUUCGAACAUGGCGAACGUUGAAUGCAGUUCUCGCUGUUGUGCCUGUACCAUUUAUUUUUUUCUAUUUUAUUUUGCCUGAAAGUCCUCGAUGGCUUGUCUCUGAACAACGUUAUGAUGAAGCUGAAUUGAUUUUUCAUCACAUUGCUGAAAAGAAUAAGACACAUUUUGAUCCAGUACUUUAUCAACGUUUUGUUAGAGAAGACAGAAAAAGAGUAGCUGCUAGCCAAGAGGUGAAUCAUGGAGUUAAAGCCUUAUUUCGUUCAAAAGUAAUGGGAAUAAUUGCAGUGAAUAUGUCGUAUCAAUGGUUCGUACAGAAUCUUGUCUUUUAUGGUACUUCACAGAGCACUGAUAAGUGGAGUAACAAUCCGUAUAUUGGGUUUGGCACUAGUGCUUUUGUUGAAUUAUUUGCUUACUUUGCUGUUCAUUUAUUACUUGACCGAUGGGGUCGUAAAUUAACAUAUUGUUUAUUUGUAUUCGCACUGAUAUGCACAACAAUACUAGUCGUGCCAAUUCAAAUGAUUGUGCCAAAAGAUAGCAAAUAUCAAAUUUAUCUCAUGUUUACAGUGAAUGCUGCCCUAAAAUUUCUUGCUUCAGGCUCAUAUGUAAUUAUUUAUAUAUAUGCAAAUGAAACAUUUCCAACCAAAGGUCGUAAUACAGGCAUGGGUGUAUGUUCUAUGAUUGCUCGUGUAGGAGCAAUUAUGGGAACAUAUUCUAAUGAUAAUUUGACUCGAGCAUGGCAACAUUUUCCCGUUGUUAUCUAUGGAAUUACUAGUUUAUUUGCGAUGCUUCUUGCUACUGUGUUUCCAGAAACACUCGAUAAACCAUUACCACAAACGAUUGAAGAUGUAGAACGAAUGGGACUUGCCUGUUCAUUCACCCGUCCAAAGAAGAAAAAGAAUACGCAUGUCAAUGGUACUAACGAUUUCGGAGAUGACUUUUUAUUGAAGAAAACGCUGACAGAAGACGUUGACUUGUAG